UCCCAGUACCACUCUCCUUUCCGCGCCUACCCUAAGAAACCCUAGACCGAGUCGGGUGUAAAUUUCUUGAUGAAACCCUAGAUAUUGAUUUGGCCUAGGGACCGAGCAAUUCUUCCUGAGAAGUUUAUUGAUCUCCGGUUUUUCCAAUGUCUCGGUGUUUUCCGUACCCUCCACCGGAUUUCAAUGGGAACUGUACUCGCGAUGUGGCUGUGAUUGAAUCGAUUAAGCUCCAGAGAGAAGAGAAGAAGGCCCAAACAGAAAGGAGAGAAGAGAAAAAGGUCAAGAAAGAAAGGAGAAAAGAGAAGAAGCGGGAAAAGAAGGAAAAGCAAAAAACCAGGAGGAAUGGAGAGAUUGAACAUCAAAAGAAAGGUCAUAAGAAGAGGCGCAAGGAUGAUAUGAGCCAAGAAAAUCAGAAAGGAGGAAACCAUCAAAACAGUAGGAAAAAUGAGACGGAUCAUUUUGAGAAAAGUACCCUUACUGAGGAACAUGGACAUCCAAUUGGUUCUGAGAAUAUUUGCUACUCCUCUGAUGGGAGCCUGAAUAGCAACAAGAGGCAAAAAUACAGCUCACCUCCCAAUGGCAAGCAUAACUCUGGAAACAUUUUUCGGAUCCGUCUGCCUCUCCAAAGGCACAAAGAUCUAGAAGUGCUACCCAGCAAAGGACAGCCUUGCUCUGCCCUGGGAAGGACUGAUGUCUUUGUGCAAGAGAUGUGCGAUCUUGCUCCUAAACCUGGCAGAAGAGAGGGAGAACCUGUCUGUUUUGCUUCCGGGAUUACUGGCCAAGGCCUCGACCACAAACUAGGCAGAAAAAAUCCCUGCCCCUCUUCUGCGGCACAUGAAAUUUUUGGUCAGAAGCCUGAGAUAGCGCCUGCAUCAAUCUCAUCUGGCAGUGACUCUUCUCUGUUAGAGCUAAGGUUUAAGGAUUUACUUGACUAUUCGGUUCCACCUCUAAUGCAGAGUCAGUUCCCUGCUUCUGAUAAUCAGGACUGGCUGCUUGAGACAAAGCAGAAUCACAACCUUGCACCUGAAAGAUGUGAAACUAACCAUGAUGGUGGGAGUUAUGGAAACUCAGCUCAAUGGUCACGAGUCUGCUACUUGCCUGAGGUGGAUAUAUAUGCAUUACCAUUCACAGUCCCUUUCUAAAUGAGAGGCAGUGUUCCUUUGUGCCAGUUCUCAAUUGUUCCCUUUUGCCUGGGCCUUUGGUCUACAUGCAACAUUGGCUCCUGGGCCAUUUCAAAACUGUUUUUGUGGAAAAUGAGAUGUGGGGGAGCGGAAGGGGAGCUUACAAACUUUGUGCCAUGCUCAGUGCAGAAAAAAAUUGGGUAUGUUAGCCCAUUUAAUCUGUUCACUGUUCCAUGUGCCAUGUGCUAUGUGAGCAGCCGGUUUUAGCUUCACUUGUUGUGCCUCUUGUUUCCCAAGAGGAUUGCUAGUUGCUAGAGUUGUUUUUGUAGGGAGUUUUUCAAAAAAAGGUUGAUAGAUGACCUGGAUCUGUGUGCUUUAACAACCAAGAGAAAAAAAUAAAAUAAAAUAAAAAAGGGUGUCUGUUAGAUGACAUGGACCAUUCUUUUUUAAUCCAUAAUAAUAUGAUCAUCCAAUUUUCAUCUUUU